AAGGACAUUGUGUACAGGCUGCAUUACAUACAGUGCUGCUGCUAAUCGAAGCCCAUUCAUUUACUGCUGGUGCAGUAAGGAAAUAAGUUGGUAAGGUUUGUCCUUUCUCGCUAUCCGUGAUCCGGAUUCUGUCAACAAUGACGUGGAUUCUUGCCCAGUGUGCGUGUGCGUGGUGGUGGUGCAAAAAAGGCGCAGUGGCAGUGUCUGGUCCAGGGAUGCGACAAGGAAUUUAAGCAAGCUACAUUUUUGAAUGAUUGGAAAUUUACGAGUGCUGCUUUUAGUAAGCAAAACAGCAUCGUUUUUUCCCCCACCAGAGCAAAUAGCGUCUUUCAAAACGUUCCAAAACCUUGCCAGUUUCGGCUGGAGCAAAACGAAACCGGCGGUGGCAACGGUUGAACACUUGGAUGGUGUUGGCGUUAUCUUUCAGGAUGCUGCAUGCGUGUGAUAGUUUCCUCAUUGAGAAAUAAUUCCAUCUCAAAACCACUCACACAGAGAACUGUCUGAUAUCUGGUUCUUACAGAGCUGGUUCGUACAUCUCGAUAUUUCGAGGUCAAUUCUUGUGAGUGUGUUUUCAAAACAAAACAAAGUCAAGCUGCUGCUGUCAUCUGGCAUUGGCCAUGGAUGCCAUUCACGCGCAUGGUAUCAGGGUUGCAGAGUACUUGCAACAGUCAACGAAAGCCUAUGAACAGACAUGGCUCUUCGCCUCGCACAUGGGUGACCCCAAAGCAGCAAUGCUACUGGUGUUCCCCCUGACAUACUUCUUCAACCGACGGACUGGUGUGGCCGUGGUCUGGGUGGCUGCGAUAGCCGAGUGGCUCAACCUGGUGUUCAAAUGGAUUCUGUUUGGUGAGCGACCUUACUGGUGGGUAAAGGAGUCCGGCCUGUUUGAGAAGCACCCGCCUCAACUGCAGCAGUUUCCCAGUACCUGCGAAACUGGACCAGGCAACCCAUCGGGUCAUGCCAUGGUGACUGCGGCCGUGUGGUGGGUGGUGGCAUCAGCACUGGCAUCUGCUUUACAAGCUCGAACACACAGUAAGCUGGUGUCCGCUGUGCCGUACGUCCUCUACUUCCUGGUUCUGCUGGCCAUCGGCCUGUCUCGCAUCUUCAUCCUGGCCCACUUCCCCCACCAGGUCAUCGCAGGAUCACUCACUGGUGUUCUUCUUGGGGUGUACCUGAAUCGAUCAGUUCCGGAAUCCCACUCCCUCCUCUUCUUCCUUCGCAUCAGCGCCAUGGUGCUGGUCGGAACACUGGUGUUGCACACUGCACUGGAGAAGAUGGGAAUUCCGUUGUCAUGGUCUGUGUCGCUGGCCAAGAAGUGGUGCGCGCGUCCCGAGUGGGUCCGCCUGGACACCAACCCCUUCUCCUCGCUGAUGCGCGACUGCGGGGCCUUGUUAGGCCUGGGGCUCGCCCAGUCCUGGAAGCCCGGCGGAUGGCACCUUCCCCGGGCCACGCGCGCCCUCUGCCUGGCCCUCUCGGCCAUGGCCCUCCACCACAUCAACCGAUACAGCCUUCCCUCCAAGUCACCCGAGCUGUUUUACACUCUGUUCUUCAUCAAAUACACCAUCGUGCCGCAAGUGGUGAUGUUGCUCAUUCCUGGCUGCGUGCAUUACCUCGCCAAGAAAGUGAAAAGCGACUGAGGAAUGAGGAGACGCAGGGUGCAUUCCAAUAUGCACAAUCCCGUCCUCCACUUGUGCUUGUGGCCUCGCCCCGCCCCCCUGGCCCCGCCUCCGUGGAGAAAACAAUAAAGUUUCCCAGCUGUCAGCCUAGCCACAACAACUUUUGGGGGACUGUUAUUCAUUCACCAUCCCAAUUGCAAAUGAGAAAAUGACAUUAGAACUGUGCUUUUGCAAGAUAUUGAAUUCAUUUUCUGUCGUCCGUGACAUCACCAUGAGGUCACAAGCAGGCAAGUGAGCAAGGGAGGACGGAAGUCCACAUAUUGGAAUCCACCCUGUAUUGGAGGAUGUGGAUCCAUUUUUCUUAAGCUUUUCUCAAGCUCAAGAGGGACUGAGGAAAAGCAUUAACACAGACAACACGCCUACAA